AUGUUUUUCUGUUUUAUCAUAUUUUAUAUUUUACAAAAUAUUGUGGCGCAAAAUGUAAACACUGUUGUACGUUUUGAUGAAAUUGAUAAGGACAAUGAUAAGCGUAUAACAUUGAAUGAAAUGAAAAGUUGGCAUAAAAUGAAUCAUAUAAUUAAAAGUGAUAAGGAAUUAAAAGAAAUGAUUCAAUCAAAAGAUCGAAAUAAUGAUGGAAUGUUAAAUAUAGCAGAAUUUGUAACAUUGUUAUUAACUCGGAAAUCGAUCAAUUACAAUGAACAAAUUUUUAAGCGUAUUGAUAAAAAUGGUGAUGGAGUGAUAACACCAGCUGAAGCUAUGCAAUCAAAAGAUAAUGGAAUUAAUGAAAAAAUUAUACAUGAAGUCUUUCAGUUAGUUGAUUUUAACGGUGAUAGUAAAAUUACCAUCGAUGAAUUUACAUCUGCUAUGAAUGGCAAUUUAAAUGAUCAGCAAUAUCCUAAUAAGCAGGCAGGAAAAAAUCAGAAUUUAGCCUACCAAUUGAUAACACUUAUUGAUCAAAAUUUAGAUCAUAAAUUAUCAGUUCAAGAAGUGUUUAAUUUUGCUCGAGCAAAUACCAAAAAGAAUAAAACUGAAAUAAUUGAAGCAUUUGGUCAUUUGGAUUCUAAUUACGAUGGCUUUUUAACAAUUAAUGAAAUAAUAGCUCAGACGGAAAAAAUUGUCGCAUUAGUACAUUUUCAGGAGCCACCGCCAGUUGUUAAUAAUUAG